AUGAAUUCCAGCAACAAUUCUCUCGCAACCACAACCACCUUUCAAACCUUCUCCCAUCCUUUGCAGGACGAGAGUUCAGAAAGUAUUCCGUGUCUAGGCCCGGCAUUUCAUGCAUUUAAGUCAUCCGAGAAUCCCUGCAACCAUCUAUCCCCUUAUCAAGUAGUAGAGAAUAUCCACCUCCCUCUCCUUCUCUCACACAUACACCCACAAACAGUCUAACAAUCUAACAAUGACCGACUUACUCCCCGCCACCUCCGACUUCCAAUCGCGCGCCGAAUCCGCCUUUCAAGUCUUAACCACCGCCGCAACCAAGAUAUGGAGCCUCCCCCUCCAACAAUGCAAUCUACGCAUAGAAAGCACCUCCCCCUCCCCCACCCCCUCAAUCACCUUCCGCCUCACCAUAACAGCCGAGAUGCUGAACGGCGGCGGCGCCCUGCACGGCGGGUGCGCGAGCACGCUGAUCGACGACCUGACGACGGUGUUUCUGGCGGCGGUGUCCAGGCCGGGGCUGUAUUCGCAGUAUGGGGUCACGCGGAAUAUUCGGGUUGCGUUCUUUGAACCCCUGGUGAAGGGGGGCGAUGUGAGGGUUGUUUGUGGGAUUGAGCAUGUGGGCAGGAGGUUGGUGUUGCUUGGGGCGAGGGUCUAUGAUGCCAGGGGCAGGAUUUGUGUCAUGGGGGAGAAUGAGAAGGUUAAUACUGAUUCUAAGGUUAAGGCUGCUUUGUGAUUUGGGUUUGGGGGUGGUUCUGGUUCUGUUCUAGUGUGUUGAAUGGGAAUGGGAAUGAUAUUGGUGAUAUCUGGUUCUGUAUGUAGGAGUAUGUAGUCUUUUCUUUUGAGUGUAGUGGCUCGAGUGAACCAUGUCCUGUGCUCAUCAUUUUAACCACUCCACCAAUCUAACUCCUUCCACUCAUAACAACUCUCAGCAAAUAACCAACUAACCAACUAAGCAGAAAUCCUCGUACACCGAACCUGCAACCCCGGAGGCGGCCCAGCAGCAAACAACCCCUCCGGACUCGGCUGAUCCAACACACUCGCCUGCUCCAGCUGAAACCUCUGCACCAGCACCGCAACCUGGCGUUUAAUCAGGGCCAGACCCAAGGGCCUACCCACGCAGCUUCGCGCCCCAUACCCGAACGACAUCAUGCACACGGGGGCCACGGAGCCCCCGAGCGGAUUCUGCACCGGACGCGCCGGAUCCGAG